GUUCACUCGCUGGCUGCGCUGCCGCCGGAGGGGGCUCGGUCUGGAAGCUCCGCGCGCUGCAGCCGUACAGGGGGAGGUCCCGGAUCGCGCACAUGUAGGAGGCAGGACUUCUGGCUCUGUUGCGCUCCUCUGCCUCUGGACUGACUGUGGCACUGUGAGUGGAGAACACCAGCGAGCGGAGGACACUACUGACGCGCGCACCGCUCCACGACGCAUCCACGGCGCGGCGUCCACGGAGCGUACGGGGACUUUUGGCGAUAAAAUACCUCAGUCCUUACGCGGAUACAGCUGUUGUGUGUUGGUUUCUUCAUUCGGUGUCUCGUUUUGGAGAAGUCACAGCUCGCCAACGUCUCCGGGACUGUUUCCAUACUUUCACGUGCGCUUUCAUCUCCGGACAGCCCGGUUCAAGAGCGCGACAUGCCGCUGUCUCCUACGUGUCUGCGCGCUUUUGUCAUUCUAAUGUGACUCCGACUGGCUGUCUGUGAACUUACGACAAUGCGACGCGACAUCUUCUAAAACACCUCUGGACACUUCUGUUUUUAUUUUAUUUUUUCAUCUAUUUUUUUUUAUUUCUUCUUCAAGUCGCGAGGAUGUUGCCGUCCACCUGUAGGCUCGUGCUGUGGUGCGUGCUGCUGCUCCAAACGACGCACUCCUCCUCCGGGCUAAUUACAGGUACGGAGGCGAGCUGUGAAAAUGAAGGAGAAGUGUUGCACAUCCCUAACAUCACUGAUAACCCCUGCAUCACCUGUGUGUGCCUGGACGGUAAAGCAGACUGUGCCCAGGAGAAGUGCCCCGCUGUGUCCGAGGACUGUGCUCUGGUGGUGAAGCAGACCGGAGCCUGCUGUGAGCGCUGUAAAGGUUGUAUGUUGGACGGCAAAUCUUACAACAGCACUGACCACUGGACCACCCCCACCAAACCGUGCAUCAGUCGGCGCUGUCAGGAGGGAGUGGUGACAGAGGCUGAGGUGCAGUGCGUGGUUCACUGUAAAAACCCAAAGAUCCACCCAAAGAAAUGCUGCCCUACCUGCCCCAGUUGUAUCUUCGAGGGCCGCUUGUACAAAGAGAAGGAGGAGUUCAGUCCAGAGGGUCAGCCCUGUGUCAGAUGUACUUGUACUGGAGGCCGUACUUUGUGCAUGAAGGAAGUGUGUCCGGUUCUCUCCUGCCCCAGCCAUCUCACCCACACCCCCCCUGGACAGUGCUGCCCCCGCUGUGUAGGUCAGAGGAAGGUGUUUGACUUGUCUUUGGGAAGCUGUUUGUUUCACAGUGAAGUUUAUGAGAACGGGACUUCAUUCCAACAUGACAACUGCACCACCUGCACAUGCAAGGAUUCCACAGUGGUUUGCAGGAAGCGCUGCUCGAAGCCGGGCUCUUGUCAGGGCGAGGGCUGCUGUGACGAGUGCCUCUCCUACGUCAAAGUGGAGGAGGUCAAGUACUGCCGCGUACGCAACAAGAUCUACAGGGAAGGAGACAUGUGGUCCUCUGUGAACUGCACCCUCUGCGCUUGUGUCAAAGGAAACAUCGAGUGUCGCCCCAAACAGUGUGUGCCAAUCACCAGCUGUCCUUCGAAUAAGAUCCUCAACAGGACGGGCUGCUGUCCGGUCUGCACUGAAAAGCCAGGCGUGUGCACUGUAUUUGGAGACCCUCAUUACAACACUUUCGAUGGCAGGACCUUUAACUUCCAGGGGACGUGUCAGUAUGUUCUGACCAGAGACUGUGGGAGCGGAGCGGUCACAAACAACAUCAACAGCCCCGACUCCAGCUUCACGGUGUUGGUGAAGAACGAUGCCCGGCGGACGCGCUCCUUCUCCUGGACUCAGUCUGUGGAGGUGCGCCUGGCAGGGCUGGUGCUGGGGCUCCAUCAGCACCUGACCGUGAGGAGGAACGGGACCCGCAUCGCCCUGCCCUACCACGGCCCCGGGGUCCACAUCGACCUGGACGGGUACCUGCUCAAGCUCACCACCAUCGCAGGUCUGGAGAUCACCUGGGACGGGGACAGUUUCGUGGAGGUGGUGGCCGCCCCUCACCUGCGCGGGCGUCUGUGUGGACUCUGUGGAAACUACAACGGUCAGAAGAGAGAUGAUACCAUGGGGGGAGACAAUCAGUUCAAGUUCGAUGUGGACGAGUUUGCAGAGUCCUGGAGGGUGGAGGGGAACCAGGUGUGCACCCAGCAGCACCCACCCCGACGCCCCACCUCCUUCCUCUGUCCCGGCAGCGUCAAAGUCAAGUUCAGGGCCCACCGAGAGUGUCAGAAGAUCAAGUCCUGGGAGUUCCAGAAGUGUCAUCGAGUGGUGGACUUUGCACCAUUCUACAGGUCGUGUGUGACAGACAUGUGUGAGUGCCCAGUCCAUAAGAACUGUUACUGUGAGUCUUUCAUCGCGUACAGUCGGGCCUGUGAGAGGGAGGGGGUCCCUGUGCUCUGGAAGCCUGACGCUGCCUGUGUCGCCACUCAGUGUAAACACGGAGCUGUGUACGAUACGUGUGGUCCGGGCUGCACCAAAACCUGCGACAACUGGAACGAGAUCGGCCCGUGCCACAAACCGUGCGUCGCGGGGUGCCACUGUCCCGCCAACCUGGUGCUGUUCCAGGGACGCUGCAUCAGACCCACCUCGUGCCCCGGCCGGUGACCCCUGUGAGCCGGAGCACGCGGCUGACUCUAGUGCUACACACAUGGGGCCAAACGAGGCAGGAACCAGGCUACCACCAACUGCUGCGGACAGUGGGACGUUGGACGCCUCUCAAAUAAGCACCGCGUGACCAUUUGACCUCUGGGGCAAAGGUUAUGAAGGCUCGACUCGCUGCAGGUGCCAACUCAGGGGCCGUUCCGGUGGCCUGCCUCUCUUUUGUAUUCGUGCGCAUUGGACCCUCAGGAAAACAGCGCCCCCCCAUGGACUCUGGUUUGAGCCACACUGGCGCCUCUCAGUGACUUUAGCAAAGAACCUCAUAUGAACCAUAUCAGUGCCCCAUCAUUUCAAACUGUAAGCUAGUAAGAUUUAUAUGAAAGACAGACCUUAUUGUUCUAAUUAUUAUUAUUAUUAAUAUUAUUAUUAUUAUUUGUUGUUGAUCUUGUUAAUUUAUAUAUUGUAUUGCGGAUAAUAUGUGGUAGUGAGCAGGGGUGGGCGAUAUUGACAAAAAUGAAUCUCUUUUUUUUUUUUUUUUUUGCUGCAUUAUCUCAAUAUUCUGACCACAGUUUAAAGAGGAGGUAUUAUGCACUUCAUGGAAGUACACCACAUAGCUGCGCGUCGUGGUUCUAUGUUUUCCACUGCUGGGAUACCUGCUAACACAUACCAUAUUUAGAUCAUCCUCUUAUAUUGUUUUGAAAAUGCUAUAUUCACUAAAAACAAAUUAAUAACAUGUUAAACAAGUUUCACUUUCUUUUUUAACUGUGUGAGUCCCCCCUUGUUUUCUCUCCAUGCACUACUACACAUCACAUCAGGUUUGUGAAGUUGUAGUGUAUUGUUUUGUAACAUGCUUUUUUAUGUUUAUGGAAAAUACUCGUGUGGGAGCAUGAAUGACGUAGGCUUAUGGGCUGAGCAUUGGACAAAAUUGUACAGCUGACUGCAAGGAGGGUUCAAACAGGGCUUGGGAAAAGUCGCUAGAUUACUCAAACACGCAGAGAGGAAAGUUCCAAAAAGUUGAUUUUGCAUAAUACCUCCUCUUUGAAGGCAUAUUGUAUAACUUUUGGUAGAGGGUCCAUCAAAUAUUUUUCUUCAUGGAGAUGUUAUUGCUUUGUCUGAAAUGUUUCACAGCAUGAUAUUAAACCUUUCUCUCUUCAUGGAGACAAAACUAGACCAAGUUACAGGUCAGAUCUGUGGAGAGCCGACCCUGCUCACAGUCAGAAUGUUUUUUUUUUGGUAUUUUUGAACAGUAAAACCACCUGUAAUUGAACAAAUGUAAAGUAGAGCUGUUUAAAGUCAUACUGUGGAACAUCCCAGGCAGAGCAAUGACAUAUCGAUAGAAACAAGCAGGUGAUGGAGCCAUAGCCAAAAAUGUACAUAGUGCACCUUUAACAAAGCAUCAAAAUGACCUAAAAUGUGCCUAUAAUUGUCUUGUAUUAUUGAGGAUCAAGAAUCAAAUGAAACAUGUAUAGACCAUAAAAUUAACCACAUAAAUCCAGAGAAUCACUUUAUUCUCUCAUUUUGGACAUUACAUUAGACAUUUCUGCUAAUCUAACUCUUUCAGUUAUAGACAAUAUACUCAAAUAUACUAUAAAUUUUACAUAUCUUCAGAAGAACAAUUUCAGUAUUGCCCAUUUUUCGAUAUAUCGCCCAACCCUGGUAGUAAGAACCAGAAUCCUGAAUGACAUGAUUUAAAGAGAAAAGCUAUUUAUGUCCGUGUUUGUGGUUUUGUUACUGUUGAAGAGAAAGACCCAAAUGUGACGUCAUGGCAGGGAAAUCGUACUGUAUUUAGUGUCUACUGCGUGUACAGAUCUGCUCACUCCAAACGGGACCUGACAAGAAGAAGAAGAAGAGAAGAGAAGAGAAGAGAAGAAGAAGAGGAAGCAUUUGUCUCACUUGACUCCAACUCAUUAAGGCCAGCAAUAUAAUCAUCAUUUUUUAUCAAAUUGUGUUCUUGUGUCUUUUGUUGUUGCUGUGGUAACGAAAUCAGUAAAUUAAGCUUGGUGAAUAAAGAGUAAAGUAAAACAAGAAGUACCAAAGUUGUUGAUCGUAAGCUAAAAAUGAAUUGGAGAUCUGUAGUUGAUACAGCAGAUGUAAUAAAUAUUCCCCAGGGGUGUGAUGCUAACUGAAUCCAUUUAGUUGUUUUUUUUUCUUGGGUUUUCAGACAGAUCUGAAAACUUCUUUUGUUUUUUUAAGCACAAUACUUCAGUACAAUUUUUAGGUAUUAGGUCCUUUGACUUCACUACAUUUAAGAGCAUGUAUCUGUACUUUCUACUCUGCUACAUUUUAGAUCUGUGCUGAAAAAUAAAAAGUACUUUUUAUGGCUUGGGACCUGCUGAAAAAGCUGAAACUUUUUUAUUUUAUUUUUUUAAUCACAUUUAAUUUUGAGUUAACGUCCCAACUUUGAGCAAACCAAAUACGCAACAACAACUGAUAGAAAAAUUAAGAUAUCAGUUGAAUUAAAAACACUACAUUUGAUGCUUUAAUCCAGGGGUGUCAAAGUCAAAUUCACAGAGGGCCCAAAAUUAAAAACUGGGACUAUGUUGCAGGCCAAAAUAAACAUUUAUUAAAAAAUGUUAACAACAUCUGCAUGUUUUAUCUUCUUUUGAGAUAUGUAAUGUUAAACCUUUUCUUAUUAAAAUAAAUGUUUAAUAAUAGUUUUGUUUAAACAUCGAAUCCAGAACAAGCAUCAUAUAAUAAACAAUAAAAUAAUAACAUUUUAAGUAAAUAAUGUCUCUAUAGCCUAUCUGUAGCCGGCGGGCAGCUCUAAUACAUAUUUGAUAUGAUCUCGGAGUCCAAAUAUAAGUAUAUCACAGGCCAAAUUUGGCCCCUGGGCCUGAGUUUGACAUGUCUGCUUUAAUAGUUCUAAAAA